AUGUAUUCAGCUCUCAACCUCUCCACCUGUGACGACGCCAACCUGUCGGCCCUUGGCCCUCGGGGGCCCCAGGAGCUCGCCCACCGCUCCGUCAAGGUGAGCGUCAUCGUGGCGCUGGGCGUGAUAAUCACGCUGGGCAACGUGGCGGUGCUCCUGGUCAUCACCUCGUCCGUGGCCGGCUGGUCGAGGAACUCCCGGUACUUCCUGCUCUCCCUCACCGCCGCCGACUCCGCGUUCGGCCUGCUGGUGAUGCCCCUGAACCUGUGGGUGAGCCUGCUGAAGGACUACGCCGAGGGGCCCGACGCCCUCUGCCACGCCGUGGCCUUCUGCAACGCCACCGUGCACUCCACCUGCAUGUACACGCUGGCCACCAUCAGCCUGGAGCGGUACGUCGCGGUCUUCUACCCGCUGCAGUACUCGCGCGUGCUGACGCGCAGACGCGCGCUGCUGCUGAUCGCCUUCGCCUGGUGCUUCCCGCCCUGUCUCCUGGCGCCGAUUUCGUUCCCGGGCGGCAUCAUCGAGGUGCACUUCUCCACCGCGUCGCUGGUGUGCAACCCGGCCUACUCCACCAACGCGGGCUACUCCCUGAGCUUGACGUGUUUCAUAUUCUUCCCCUGCUCCGUCGUCAUGACCUUCGCGAACCUGCGCGUGUGGCGCGCGGCGAAGAGGCAGCGGCUGAAACUGCGCAAAUACGAGCGCGCGCGUCGCCGCCGGCACAACGCGGCGUCGCGGGUGCUGGUGCCCGUCAUGGCUGCCUACUACACCUGCUGGACUCCCUGCAUGGCGGCUAUGAUCUACAACGCAGUCUCAGGCAGCAGCGUACCAGAGUGGAUGGAGUUUGUUGUGGUGUGGCUGCCGACCUCCAAUGGUUUCCUCAACUGCAUCUUCUACUUCUGGAUAAACAGAAGCUUCCGCAGGAAAUUCCACCUCGUCCUCCAGAGGGCGACUCUGGCCCUUUGUCCUAAACUGGCUGAGACUCUCGGAUGCCGCGGCUCGUCAAAUGCACAGUUUGUGUCAGGAUUUCUGGAUAAUAACAACUCUGUCUAUGAGCGUUCUUCCAGUGUGUCCUCCACCUGCACCCUGUUGUCAUUGGCAUAGGAUGUCUCCACUUUGAAGAGCACCACCGGCAUGGUAAAUUAUGUCAAUGAUGGUCAAUUAUAAAUCCCUAUAGUUUUUAUAGUGUCUGCAGAAGUCGUUGAUAUUUUCCCACAUAAGGUAUCAUGGGUAAGAAGUAAAGUAAUGAUUCGUUUGGAUUGCUAUGUGAAUUGAUACAAAGGCAAUGAUGGGAAGUAUUUGAAAUAAUCACUGUACAGUCUAAUUUGAGUUAUAUUGAUUUUUUUUCCGUAUAGAAUUAUCUUUUUAUUUUUAAUCAGUUUCCAGUAGUGUAAGAAUUGUGUUCACUUGACAUGAACACUUCAUUUAUAAACAGCUUAAUUUAUGAUUUAUUUGGAUAUUUUUUGUUUUACUCAUGCACUCAGUGUUGCCGAGAUUUGAUUUACUGUCAGAGACGGCCUCUUAAACCAACUUUUAGUUGUUUUAUAGUUAGCCAUCAACCUAGUCUUUGCCCCAGAAAUGCCUACUGUUAUUCUGCAAUGUACAGCCAAAUAACCAGUAUUUUUUUAAGUGUCAGCUGCUGUGUAUUUUGACUCGUUGCUGAGGUCAAGAUAUUUCAUUUCAAACAUUCAAGGUUACUCUAUUAGUUCAUCACAAGAAACUGAUGUUUGGACUUCUAUUCAUGAGACAUUUGUGACCUAACAUCAGUGUUUGAUUACGAGCACUUUGAAGGAUUGAGGCCAUCUACCUCUCCUUCAAUUUAAACUAGACCUUGGCAUAUAACAGCUGAGAGAAGUUAACCUUUAAGUCCCGUCAUUUCAGUGUAUGCAAGGAAAAGUAAUUAAGCAGCUUCACUGGAGAAAGGUCACCAUAUUUGUGCUGGCAAGAGACGACUUGGGUAAAUUCUUGGGCUGUGGUUGUUUAUUUGGAGAUUUUCAUCCCAUGAUCUUCCUCUCAGUAUCGUCUACCACAAUAUGGAGUUUACUGUCAUGGUGCAUGUUCAAGAGUAGGAUUUUCCUGUCAUUUUCAAAAGAAACAAAUUCAAAAAACAUUUUAUGCAAAUUAUUUUAGCCUUGGUGUCCUGAUCAUUCAAUGCUUUCCCUCUUGCCCUCUUCAGAAAUGAUCAAAAUGUGUUGAGUGGCAGAUACAAUCCGUCACCAAAUUGUGAGGAAAAUCACUGAUUUAAUAAUGAUCUUUGUAUAUAUCUACAUUUUGUAAUGUGACUGAAAUCCAAAUAUUAUAAAGAAUGAAAAGAUAAUAUAUGAUGUAUUGGUUUAUGGAACUAUGAAAUAAAGCA